CAGAACAUGGUCCCGCUGCUAGCGGACCACCUGGGAAAGUGUCAUCAACCCCUCUACACCGGAAAAUGGGCUCUGGAGCACCGCCUCCUCCAGAAAACCAUCCCCUCGGGCACUUCCGCCGCCUCCCCCACAACCUCCUCCUCCCCGUCCAACAACCAAUCCCCCCAGACCCACCAGCAACUCCCGGCGGGGGGGAACUACAUGCAAUACCUCGACCUCCCCCACUACCCGCAAAGGCUCAUCGUGUCAACACCCUCGGCCAUCGUGACACUGGACCGCGAAUUUGAGCUGCUGGUGCGCUCCAAGUUAUCCGCGUUGUGGAGCCCCCGACAGACGCUGCGUGGGGAGGGGGUGGUGUACGAGGUGGAUGACUUCAAGGUACGCAUCGCAAACAUCAUGCAGGGCGAUGUGUGGAAGGGUGUGUUGGUGGAAGUGGAGUACGCGCCGUGCAGCACGCUCGCAGUCGCGGAGGGAGUGAUUCGCGGAUUCGUGGAGGGGCUUGGGUGGCCGGCUGGCCGGUUCACGUUUGUGGGGAAGGGCGGGGGAAAGAGGGCUGAAGGGGAGGAAUGGUCUGUGCUGGAUACGGGUAGGCAGUAUUGUGAGGUUUUGAGGAUGGGGUGGGGGGGUUGA